AGAGCCCACCGGUCUCUCUAUAUCACCGGAAACAUCCUCCACCGCGAUAUCUCGUCCAACAACAUUAUCAUUACGAGACCCGAGACGGCAGAUGGCUUCAACGGCAUGCUUAUCGACCUCGAUCUAGCCAAGGAGAGAGACAGCAGGCCGAGCGGAGCGCGACAUCUGACGGGUACGGUGCAGUUCAUGGCAGUCGAGGUCCUACGUAGGGUUGACCACACCUAUCGCCACGACCUAGAGUCCUUCUUCUACGUCUUGCUCUGGAUGUGUGCACGCCAGUCAUGGUAUAACGGGUUCAAGGGUGAAGGGAAGAAGAAGAAGCCUCGGGAGAGUCUGCUACGGAAGUGGGAGGUUGGGGGAUUGGAGGAGAUUGCCAUGACUAAGGAGGGUGCUAUGAGUGUGAAUGGUCUAGAAAGGAUCAUGGGCGAGUUUCCCGAGACGCUCGAUGUGGUGAAGCCCCUAUGCUUACGGAUUAGAUCAAUCCUAUUCAGUGACACAGCGAGGAUGGUUCUUGGGACCCCGUUGGGAGACCCUGACCAGCUCUACAGUCCCAUCAUAGAAGCCUACAAUGAUGUAAUCAGCAGGUUGUAG